UCCUAGAUUUAUUGCAUUCUCUUCUCAUUAAUUCCCAUUUCUACAUCAACAUUCUCUCUUGUCAUUCUGUUUCUACUAAACCUUGCAUGUUUAUAAGAGAAGGAAAAUUUCUUAUGGAAUGGGACAAGCUUAGUAUAUCGAAUGAAGGCGCUAAUGCUGAUCAAGAUUUAGUCGUCAAUGCUAAUGAACAAGAUUUAGGCACUAAUAAUAUGAGAUCGGACGAGCUUAUUUGCUGGAAUGAUCUUCAUCUUCUCUCUCGAGGCGAUACUGAACAGGCUCCUAAUGAUCAAGAUAAUGGAGAAAAUGCUGAUCAAGAUGGAGAUGCUAAUGAACAGCUUCCUAAUGAUCAAGAUUUAGGCGCUAACGAGCAAGAUGGAGAUGCUAAUGAACAGGAUUUAGGCGUUAAUGAGCAAAAUUCUGAUGAAGAUGGAGAUGGUAAUGAACAGGUUCCUAAUGAAGAAGAUUCAUGGACGCUACUGAUCAAGAUAAAGAAAGAAAUGAUCAAGAUGAAGGCUCACUUGAUCAAGAUGGAGAGACAACUGAUCAAGAUGCUGGAAGAACUGAUGAAGAGGCCGCUACUGAUCGAGAUUGUACUGCUCGAGACACUACUGAUGGUGAUGGAUACAAUUGAUGAAGAUGGAGAGACAACUGAUCAAGAUGGAGAUGCUAAUGAACAAGAUUCAGGCGCUAAUCCUGAACAAGAUGGAGAUAGUAAUGAACAAGACUUGGGACCGCUGCUGAUCGAGGUGAAGAAAAAACUGAUCAAGAUGAAGGCACAACUGAUCAAGACAGAGAGACAAGUGAUCAAGAUAAAGACAAGUGAUGAAGAUGGAGACACAACUGAUCAAGAUGGAGAUGCUAAUGAACAAACUUUAGGCGGUAAUGAGCAAAAUCCUGAUCAAGAUGGAUAUGGUAAUGAACAAGAUUCAGAAACGCUAAUGAUAAAGAUGAAGACAGAACUGAUCAAGACGAAGGCAGAGCUGAUUAAGAUGGAGAGACAACUGAUGAAGAUGAAGGAAGAACUGAUCAAGAGGCUAACGGUGGAGGCGGUACUGAUCAAGAAGCUACUCAUCAAGAUGGAGACAUAAGUGAUCAAUCAACUGAAUGAUGAAAUGAAGAGAUUGAUAUUCUGCUUAUACAAAAUACAAUAAUUCACAAUUGUGUGAAAUUCUGUUUUCCAUUUCUGUUUUGAGAUUGUACUAAGUAUGGUGGUAUUACUUCAGGUUGGCAUAAACCAAUUUGAGGGUACCAUUCUGUAUAUGAUACUUAGUUUGUUUGUAAUUUCUUGAUACAAAUGUUAUGCCGUGUGGUAUACCUUAGUUUGGUUUCUUGAAUGAGGAAAAUUGAUCUCCUCAUUGGAUUCAAUGGAACUUACACACAA